GACUUCCAAUCGCUGGGCCGUUUACAAUCGUCGUUAACAAGCUAUCAUUAACGUCGUUACCAUCGCGCGGGAGUAUCAGCGACAAUAAAGUGUUCAAACUUGUGAAAUCAGUGUUCAAAUAAAUGAAAUCCGCGGAUCGGCGGUAAAUUCCCAUCCCUGAAAAAAGCGGAAUUCCGCGAAUUCGCGGAAAAAUCACAUCCCUGAGGGAAGCUCGACAGGGAGGGAGGCGGGCUAAAAGGUUGUCUAUCAAAUCCCUCUGCAGCAAUUGGGUAGGUAUACAACCAAUCAACGCAACGAAUAGGCUGACGUAGUUCCGAGAGCACCGGCGGAUUGUGGCUAAGUCCCGUUAGCUUCCCAACCAGCGGAGCCAACUGGUAUAUUAAGGAUUUGCCAUAUCCCGUCGGCAUAAGUCCAAAUACGUCUUUCUUCUCAAUGAAACACUUCAGUGCCGUCCUUUGUUUAUCUUUCAAGUUGAAUUUUAGCUUCAGAUCUUUAAGGGCUGUGGCCAAAGCCGAGUCGAAAGAUAACUGUUUACUGUGCGCCGGUUGUUUCUGUCAGAAUCGUCGCGCCUCUGUCGUCACUUAGUUACGCCCGCCUUCUGACUCUACACUUCAUGGUGAUUGGUCCGGCCAGUUUUAGGAGCAUCCAGCCUCGAGCCUUAUGGAGGGUAACUAGACCCACCCUGGCAGAGAAUUAAAUUCGUUGCUGUGGGUUGUCUAGCGCGGCUAGGUUACUUCAAUGUAUGUAUAUGUAGAAAAAAAUCUUGAAUAAAAUAACUGUACCAGGACAAUUCACUCCAGUCUCAACACUAAUUGUACCAACAACAGCUAUAAGAAAGAAGAGUAACCUUAAAAUGUUGUAUAAAAUGCAUGACAGGUGAUAUUUAACUUAUAUUAGAAAAAAAAUCAACCUUACCUGAAGAAGAUCCAACUGGCUAAUUCUUGGAAUAGAUGCUGUGGCUUUCAGAAAGUGUCCAGACUUGUGCCUUUUAAUGAAUUUUCCACUUAGAAAUGAUGCACGUAUUUGCUGGCACUGCAGCAGACAUCUGUGGUUUCUGCUCUUUCCCUUCGUGUUUCCACUGAGUGAUGAUAUUUGAAACGACGGGGGGUUGGUCACUGAGUUCGUCCAGCCCUCUUCCUGUAGUGAGUAAGUGUUGUUUUUUUUUCUUUUUUUACUGUAAUCCAAUAUUUCUGAAAGCACUUUAGCUGUUCCUACCUCUUACAGACUGGACUCUCUCUGGUUUAAACUCACGAUGCUUCUCCUCUUUCUGCUCCUUAUUACAGCUGCUGACGGGGAAUCCCCUCAGAGAGUAUGCAGUUAUCAGGAUGUUUUAAACUACCUGAACUUGACCAAAGCCAACGAGUUGUUCUCCAUGACUCGUCCCGUCAAAGACUACAAGCGGUCCACAGAAGUGUCCCUGGAGCUUUUGCUUUACGCCAUUCUAGAUGUGAAAGAGAUUGACCAGACAUUUGUUCCUUAUGUUUGGAUUCUCAUGAAAUGGCAGAAUGAUUACAUAAGCUGGGAUCCGCAUGACUUUUGUGGCAUUACGAAUGUUUCUCUUCCUACUGAAGUCCUGUGGAAGCCAGAUCUCACGAUUGAAGAGAUGAUAGAAAAGGACAAAGCCCCUCCAAGUCCUCAACUCACUAUUGACUACAACGGUACAGUGUUUGUUCAGAACGACCAGGUUCUAGUCAGCACCUGCAGGAUGCACGUCUACAAAUUCCCCUUUGACACUCAGAGAUGCACCCUCUCCUUCAAAUCUGUCGUUCACACCGUCACAGAAAUAAGACUCGUUCACCACUGGAGCUCUUCAGAGACCACUGAGUGGUCACGUGAGCUGAUGCGGACUCAGUACGAGUGGCUGUUCUUAAACAUGAAAGUCACCAACAAGUCUGUUACCACGUUUGGCGCUGAGCAAGACAUGAUCGUUUACACCAUCUCCAUGAAGAGACGGCCUCUCCUCUACGUUGUCAACUUCUUGCUGCCUGUCUUCUUCCUCUUGUGUCUGGACUUGGCCUCCUUCCUGAUCUCAGACAGAGGAGGCGAGAAGCUCAGCUUCAAGGUCACUCUGCUUCUUGCCGUCACAGUGAUGCAGCUUAUUCUCAAUGAAAUUCUGCCUUCAUCAUCAAACAGGAUUCCACUUAUAGCCCUCUACUGCAUUGGGAUUUUUGGUCUGAUGCUGCUCAGCCUCCUGGAGACAAUUGUUGUGAUGUAUCUGAUGGAAAAAGACUCGGCGCCCCAAGACGACGAGACAGAUGGAGACCGAAGCCUGAACGCGAGCUGUGGAGAGAAACGGGGCAAAGAAGGCUUCUCCUGCUGUGAAGGAGGAGAUAAGAAGUGGCAUCCCUGUGUUUGCAUCUGUGAUGUGGCUGCUGAUGAAGCAACACCAGCGGAACUACUGAAGGGGAGCAGCAGCCAGCUGACAGAGGAGCAAAAUGCUUUUGAAAAGCUCUCAGAUGAGCUGAGGGAUGUGGUGAAAACACUGAUUCUGCUCCUCAAUAGCAGGAAGGAGGAAGAGAAGGCUGGCUACUGGACCAAAAAGACCGAAACUAUCAACAAAGCUUAUUUCAUAUUUUAUAUUACAGCUGCCAGUCUGUUUUUAGUCAUCAUGUUCUUCAACUGGAGUCAUGCAUGAACAUGAAAGCGCUACUUAAAGACAUGAGUGAGAUAUAGAGUAGUUUAGUGUGGUAUUGCUAGCAAUCAUACAAUCUGUGUUCAGAUGUGAAGCUUUUCAUGAAUCGCUCACACUGUCCGGCGGUGUUCAGAUCUAUAGAACGGGGUUGCUGUGGCAGAUGGAAUAAAAAUUCUGUCAAAUUUCCACAUUAAAGUCCUGUUUCAGUGACCAGAUGUAUCAAUAAUGUGAUGCGUGCAUUGAUGUAGUGGUCAGCGUUACUCCUUAUUAUGAAUUUCCAGUAUGAGGAAUGUGUGUGUUUUGAAGUCGGUAGUAUUUAUUAUUUGUAGUUAUGCAGCUUGGAAUGCGAGGGGAAUAUCUGAUUCUGCUCAACUAAUUGAUGUCAGUUUCUCAUUUAGUUGUGAUUGCCCAAAUGUGUUGUAUUCUGAGUGUGUUGUGUUGUUUUUUGUGAAAUGUGUUUUGUCAUUUCUAUGGAAGAAGCAGCUGUUUAGAUGAGUGUACAGCUUCUUGACUUUAUGCUUUACGAACUGCUGCAUGCAUCAGCCUGGUUGUAGUAUAUAAUUCUACUAAUGCCUACUCCACAUGUGUUUGAUAUGCAAAAUGCAGUUAUGAUGACGAUGAUGAGUGAAUCCACAUAAACAUAAAAGGCAAGGCAUGAAAGCAGAAGCAAGCUUGUAUCAUUUGCACUGAAGUGUAACGACAUAAAUGUUCAUCUGUUCAAUAAACACAGGUUUUGUGCAUUAA